AUGGCUUCAUUUGAUUUCCAAUCACUGUUUACGAAUGUUCCCGGUCGGGAGGUCAUACGUAUCAUGUGUGAUCAUGUGGAGCAAAACGAACUGAAAAUCGGUAUACCAGUAUCAGUUCUGGUACGACAAUUACUACUGUGCACAACAAACGUAUCGUUCUCCUUCCUUGGUUGGGCUUACAGACAAAUUGACGGUGUCGCAAUCGGAACUCCAUUGAGCCCCAUUCUGGCACAUCUGUUUUUGGCUCAUCUUGAGGAAAAGGCGAGCAAAAUCCUCGAACGUUCACAACUUUACAAACGAUACGUUGAUCAUGUUCUAGUCAUCACAAUAAGUCUAGAAGAGACAACAUGGAUUAUGGAUAAACUCGAUCGCCUGCAUCCGAAUAUACGAUUUACGAUGGAAACAGAAAUCGAAGAUACACUGCACUUCCUCGACAUUAAAAUGACUAGGAAUAAUGAUGGAACAAUGGCCAGAUCUGUUUACCGAAAAGAAACUUGGACAGGCCAAUGCUUGCAAUUUGACAGCUUUGUGUCUGUGGAAUAUGAACGUGGUCUGGUCCGAACACUAUUUCAAACAGCACGACAUAUCUGCACAGAAGACAUGAUUGACAACGAACUACGACAGCUGAAAGAAUCUUUGACUAGAAACGCUUAUCCCGAUGCGUUUAUCGAAAAGCACAGCAAGCCUAAAUUGAUCAGACAAACGAAUUGUUCAGCAGAAAAACUACUAGUCACCCUUUGUCUUCCAUUCAAACGUGAUGACAUCAAUUGCUUGCUCAAACGACCACUUGGAUCAGCGCUUGCCCAAAACAAAUAUUAUGCACCUGACCUCAGAAUUAUUCAUCGAACGAUUGAGAUCCCCACACCCUCGGUGAAACAACGUCCACCUCUGUACACCAAAUCGAAUCUGAUUUACCAAUUUCAGUGUAGUUGCGGAGCAACGUACGUGGGUCGAACAGAGCGCCAGUUACGUAACCGAGUGAUUGAAUAUAUUCCAAAUUGGGUACAACGUUUUGUGAUGCAAUCAGGGUCAGAUCAAAGGCAUAAUGACAACGUUCGAAACCAUAAGAUCCCGUCGUCGGCUGUCGGCCGUCGGCCGUCGGCCGUCGCUCGUCAUCUUCUGAUGACGCAACAUCCAGCUGACCGAAGCACUGCGUUUCGGGUCAUUUACGUGGCAAAGAAUACCAGGCUUUUGAGACAAAUUGACGGUGUCGCAAUCGGAACUCCAUUGAGCCCCAUUCUGGCACAUAUGUUUUUGGCUCAUCUUGAGGAAAAGGCGAGCAAAAUCCUCGAACGUUCACAACUUUACAAACGAUACGUUGAUCAUGUUCUAGUCAUCACAAUAAGUCUAGAAGAGACAACAUGGAUUAUGGAUAAACUCGAUCGCCUGCAUCCGAAUAUACGAUUUACGAUGGAAACAGAAAUCGAAGAUACACUGCACUUCCUCGACAUUAAAAUGACUAGGAAUAAUGAUGGAACAAUGGCCAGAUCUGUUUACCGAAAAGAAACCUGGACAGGCCAAUGCUUGCAAUUUGACAGCUUUGUGUCUGUGGAAUAUGAACGUGGUCUGGUCCGAACACUAUUUCAAACAGCACGACAUAUCUGCACAGAAGACAUGAUUGACAACGAACUACGACAGCUGAAAGCAUCUUUGACUAGAAACGCUUAUCCCGAUGCGUUUAUCGAAAAGCACAGCAAGCCUAAAUUGAUCAGACAAACGAAUUGUUCAGCAGAAAAACUACUAGUCACCCUUUGUCUUCCAUUCAUACGUGAUGACAUCAAUUGCUUGCUCAAACGACCACUUGGAUCAGCGCUUGCCCAAAACAAAUAUUAUGCACCUGACCUCAGAAUUAUUCAUCGAACGAUUGAGAUCCCCACACCCUCGGUGAAACAACGUCCACCUCUGUACACCAAAUCGAAUCUGAUUUACCAAUUUCAGUGUAGUUGCGGAGCAACGUACGUGGGUCGAACAGAGCGCCAGUUACGUAACCGAGUGAUUGAAUAUAUUCCAAAUUGGGUACAACGUUUUGUGAUGCAAUCAGGGUCAGAUCAAAGGCAUAAUGACAACGUUCGAAACCAUAAGAUCCCGUCGUCGGCUGUCGGCCGUCGGCCGUCGGCCGUCGCUCGUCAUCUUCUGAUGACGCAACAUCCAGCUGACCGAAGCACUGCGUUUCGGGUCAUUUACGUGGCAAAGAAUACCGGGCUUUUGUGGUUUGUUCAAACCAUUGCCAUACAUUCAUGGAAACCUAAUAUUGUGUCAGCACAAACAGCUCUUUGUUCAUGUGUCUUUAUCAUGGUGACGUAA